AUGGAUUUACCUGUGGAAUGCAAUUGUCAAGACCCGCUACGGAGCUACUGCCAAAUAGUCCGCGCCAAGUAAGUUUGAAGUGAUUUCUUUUUAGAACGGAAAAAAAUUGUAAACCGAAAAUCUAGCGUGGAACUUCAUUUUUGAAGUAGAACUAUGUUCUUCUGUCGAUUUUUCAUUUUUUUUCAGUAAAAAAAGUUUUUUUUUCCAUAAUUUUUUCAAGAAUUGAAGCGAUUUUCAAUAAAAACAUCUUCUAACAGAACAUCUUGAGAAAUGCAUUGAUCGCAAAGAUCCGCGAGAAAUCCCGCGGCUACACGUUCAUGGAAUUCGUCCUGCCGAUGUAUCUUCGGAAUGGCAAGAAUCGGACCUACAGCGAAUUAUUGGAUGUUUGUAUUGAUUUGUGUAAAACCAAAGUAAUUUCCGCAAAAUACAAAAUUAUCUCUGACUCUCUCAAUUUUAGUUACAUUUUUCUUUCUCUGACGGCUAUUUUGCAUUUCGCGGAAUCAAUUUGAACUUGGCAAAAAAAAUUUUUCUCGGAAAAUACUCAAAUUGGUUUUUUUUUUUCGACAAACUUGCUUUUUGAUUGCGAGUAAUGUUAGUAUAACGUUAGACGGUUGUGAUCCUCCAUUUUUAUUUCUAUUCUAUACCGAAUUUCGACAUGCUAAAGAUUUUAUGCCUUUAAUCCUUAAUAAUAGGAAAUGUAUCGCAUAUUUAUAUUAUUAAUAAGUAUAUUUUUUUAGGUGUUUUUGUUAAGCUUAAAGUAUCUAUAUUUCACGAAACUCGGAGUCAAGUUUUUCAAAUAUUGAUUAGCGCAACUCUUGCUUCAGGAGGGCUCAAAAAUGUUUUCUUUUUCUCGAUUUCAGCCUUAUUUCAGUGUCAGCUGUGUUUAUUAGAGGACUUUGCAGUAGAUUUUUGAAAUAAAUGGGAUUCUGAGAACUGUUUCCGUUUUAUUGGUAUCUUCUCGUAGAAACUCAAGUUUUAAAGUUUUUACCCUCCUUCUCCUAAUAAAAAAAAUUGGAGCGAUUCCAGGAAAAAUUCCGUCACGUGGCUCAAAAACCACGACCAAGGAAACACUUCUGCGUCCGCUGUGACAGGAAUUUCGACAGUCCCGGCAAAUUAUUCAUCCACAACCGCCGGGUACAUGGUCAACGGCCGCUCCGGAAAGCCAUUCCGUUUUUCGUCAUCGAAGCGGUCGGAAAGCCCUUCAUCAAGAAGUUAUUUUCAAUCGGAGAUGUUCAAAAUAAACCUUGGCCUUCAGUUACUUUGUGCAGAACGCCUAUGAGACCCACAAAAUCAGACGGGAGGUCGAGAAAGUCACGGACGAUCGCUGGGAAUGGAAGCAGGUUGAGAAAUUGAACAGAGUUUUGUGGCGUGGAAAAAUCGAAGUUUUUGAGAGAAAAAGUGAAUAAUGUUUGACGUAAAAUCCGUAAAACAGGUAGAACUGGAGAACGAGCAAAUUAGGAUACUUGAAAAAAUUAUAAAACUCGUCUGGGUUAAAGAAAAGGUUCCCAAUGAAAACUUUUUUUCUUAAUUUCCUUUAAAAUUAAUUUCUUAUGAACAGGAGAACUGUGGUAAAGAAAAAAAUCAUUUCAAAUAAAGUUUUGAAUGCAUUUUUCUUGAAAUUUUCACUGAAAAUCAUUAUUUUCGAUCUUUUCCGGCUAUAGAAACAAAAAAAUCUCAAGUUUGAAAACUUGAACUCAUUUCUCUUAAGAACUUCAGAGUGGUCUCUAUAGGGGCAACUUCAGGUCUCCUUGGACACUUUACCAACCUCUAAAGGGCCCACUAAAGCUUGCAAAAGUGGCCCUUAUAGGGGACAUUCUAGUCGAUAAGUUCCAUUAACUCUAUGCGAAGAAGCUUUUCCAUGCGAAAAGUUGGAAAAACACCUUUUUGAUUAAAAUUGAACGGCCCUUUAGGGACCACUUAAGCUUUAGAGGCUAAGGGGUCAGAUCCUAAAUCCCUAUAGGGACCACCUUGAUUAUAACCCUAUAGAGACCACUUUUCGGCCUCUAUAGAGGUAAAAUAGGGACUGUUUUUUCCCCUAGUCCCUAUAGGGACCGCUCUAAAAUUCCCAAGCUAUUAUCAGUCUAAAGGCUCGGAAAAUUUUUUUUUUUCUGGAAAAUUAUCUUGACGGGAAAAAGGAGCAAAGAGCCUCGGAUUAAUUUUAACAAAAGUGGGAAUUUUUUUCGAUUCACCUCAGUUUUUCUUCUCAGGAAAGACUGUGCGAGAUCGACGACACCGAGGACGAUUUCCGGGACCGGUACAAGCAUUGGGACGUCGUUGGCCGGAAAACCGAUUCCUGGAUCCUGAGAAGGCCGAUUUCGAGUGUGGAGCACGUUGUCCGCGUCAUUGUGUGUCUUUAUUCCAGAAAUUCCUUGAUAUUUAUUAAAAAAAAGUCCUGGAAAUAUUUGAAACGGAGAAAUCAUUUUUUUGUAGAAAGUGUCUAGAAAUAAUUUGAUUAAAACAUGGAAUUCGCACCAUCGCUUUUAGACCAAUUUAAGCUUUUUUUGUACGAAAAACGAGAGAAUGUCGAAAUUGAAUUGCGUUUCCGAAUAUUCUGGUCCUUCAAAAGAUAUUUUUCUUCAUGUUGUUUGAACUGUCAAAUUAUUCAUUUUUCCGGCUUAUAAAACUUCCUGAUUUGUACAGUUUUCAAGGAGGAGGAUUAAUUUUCAAAUUCUGCCAGAAAUGAAUUUUUUAGAACGGCAAAACCCGGAAGUUCCGCUGCCUGAAGUGCCCGUUCACCUCGCCGUCGUUGGCCGACUUCCAGCCCCACUCUGACCGUCAUGCGCUCUCUUCAUCUCGUCACUGCUCUCAGUGCUCUUUCUCCACUGAAGAUGAAGCCGAGCUUCUAAAGCAUUUGGCUCUUCAUCUACGGUGCAAUCAGAUAAUUGUUCGUUUUUCGAGAAUUCAUUGACAGUUUCUUAUAACUAAAAAUGAGACUAAUUCGCAUGGAAAAUAAGCCUUUUUGGGUUUUUUCUGCUCCGGAAUCGCUUUUCAAUCCAUUAUGCAGAUCGAAUUAACAGUUUUUUUUUCCGAUGAUUCAUCUCCUUUUUUCCACUAAGAGCACCGUGGAAACAUGGUCAAGCUUAUAAAUAGCGGAGGGGAACGUAUAAAAGAAGGAAAAUUUUCUUCCGAUGUCAUUUUUUCAUAUUUUGCUCAUUUUCCUUUAAAAAAACGAAAUUUUGAAAGAUUAUAGUAGUGACAGAGCUGAAAAUUUUCAGGAAAUCAACAUUUUAUCGGUUUUUCGAACUGUUUGAAACUUCGUUAGAUACAGAUUUUUUUAAAAACAGAAACUUGAUUUUUAAUAAAGUUUGAAGUACCGAGUUAAUUUUUCUAAUUUGUCUUAAAUUUGAGAAAAAAAGGUUAUUUGAAAAAAAUGCAAGAAAUAGCUCAAAAUGGUUAUUUUUUUCAAGUACCUUGCUUGUUAGUUGCGACUAACGUUAGUAUUAAGUUAGGCCAUUUUUUAUUUUCAUUCCUAUAUCAAGUUUUUUUAUUUAAAUAUGUUAGUUUUCACCAAGACCCUGUAAAAAGAAGAACUUUUUGAGAGAUUUUUAGUGAUGAAAUUGCUUGAAAUUUUCGAAAAAAAUUACCAUUUUACAGUUUUUUUAACCCUUAGGAAUCUCGUAUGGAGUAGAUUUGAGAGAUAGAUUCUUUGAAAAAUGCAAAAAAAGCUGAAAAUGUUUAUUUUUCUCGAAGGUCCUGAGAAAAAAAAAGUUUUAAAAGAUUUUAGGGAUGAACAUGCUUGAAAAAUUUGAGAAAUUACCAAUUUGCGGGGUUUUAGAACCGUUGGGAACCUCUUUAAGAGCAAAUUUUUUCUAAAAAACAAGAACUUGAUUGUAAUCGAGUUUAAACUACCAGAUUACUUUACAAAAAAAAGAAGAGCCAAGCUUUUUCACACCUCAUUUAGGGUAGGAAGAGAAUAAAUGCUUGUGGGCUUUUGAAUGGGGUCAUGCGCUUCCCAAGAUUUUUUGUUUGGUUUUUUCUUCACCCUGUCACUCACCUCUACUAACACUAGUUGCCGAGAAAAUCCCUAAAAAGGUCAGAAAAAAAUUAGGUAUGAGAAGGAAAAGUAAACAUUUUCAAAGGUCAUCUCUGUUAUGAAAGUUUUUUCCUUUUUUUUUGAUUUUAUUUUUCGGAAUUAUAAAGGUCGCGUUUUAUCUAGAAAACCCUAAAAAGGUACUUUUUUGGUACUCCUCAGACGUAUAGCCGUUUUUUCACGUCUUUAAAAGGAAUAUUUAUUGUUUGAAACUGAUAGAUUUUCGAGAAAAGAAAGCAUAGAAGUAUAUAAAUUAGCUCUUGACCUAGUUAAGCUCGAAAGUUUGACAAGUUAUAGAUUUUUUUCAUUUCUAGUAUGAGAAGCGAAAGCUUGUUCAAUAUUUUUCAUGCUUCUUGCAAUUUUUAGAGAAAAAAUUGCUGCUUUUCCCACAGUUCUAAUGAUCCCAAGCAAAAUUGAAUUAUUUCCAUUAUCCUUGAGGAAAAAAAGAGACCAGUGCUAUAAAGUUUCACUCAAGAAAAGCUUCUGUGUUCAUUUUUUAAUUUUCUGUGUAGACAUAAUAUUUUUGAACCUCUUCCCACUGCUCCAAUGAUCCUAAGCAAAAUUGAAUUGUUUCCAUAAUCCUUGAAGAAAAAAGAGACCAGUACUAUAAAGUUUUCAAGAGAAGCUUCUAUGUUUCUUUUUCAGUUUUCUGUGUAGACAUAAUAUUUUUGAACCUCUUCCACGCAUUUUUGAGACCGUACUACGGCGGCCGGUGGCCGGUAAAUAUUGCGCAGUCAGUUUCGGAGCCAGGAAAUUUUUUUAAUUUUUAUUCUUUCUUCCAAUUUGUUAAGGACCUAUUUCUCAAGGUCACGAGGUAAGUUACGUCACAAAAAGUACACAAGUUUUCAUUCUAUUAUUGAAAAACCUAUCCAAACUACCGUAAUACGACCGGCCACCUCAAACAGGCGUGCUUCCCACUGCUCCAAUGAUCCCAAGCAAGGUUCAAAUCCUCUCCCAAGUUCCCAUAAGCAAAGGACAAGCCCACGGUAACACCCCAUAUCAAACUGACCGGGCUCCCGGACGCUUCUUCGGCUCACACCUUCCGGGGUCAGUUUCUCACCAGGGACACGUGUCAAUCAAGAAGCCGCCGAUGGCCAUACCGAGGUGUGAGAUCCUGUGUGCACGGCGUGCUUUUUUGUGGGCGGUGCUUAGGUCCGUGCCGUCGGGACCCAGAAACUGCGUCCCACCCCCCAGUUAUUGUUGUUUUUGUUGUCUUUUCUGGCCGGUUAGCUCUUUCUUUUCUUAGCUUUCCUGUGUAUCAUUUCCUUUUCCAACUUUUUUCAUCUUCUGAAUUCCUCGUAUAGAGCUCAAAUCAUUACGAGCGGUUCUUAAUGAGGAAAGAAGAGGAGUGACGUCAGAGUUUUUUUUUCUUAGGCUGUCUGGACCCAAUCUUUAUUUUUCUUUUUCUUAAGUUCGUAGAUUAUCGAAAAAGCCUCAUAUUUUCUCUUUUUUCGAUUUUCAACGGAUCCUGAAGUCCUAAGAUUCAAUAUGGCUAAUAGGUUAUGAAAAAAUCUUCAUAUUUUUUCUUUUUUUUCGAUUUUAUGUUGAUUCUGAAGUCCUAAGAAUCUAUACAGCUUAUAGAUUAUCAAAAAAUUCUCUUUUUUUCUCUUUUUUUCCAACUGAUUCUGAAGUCUUAAGGUCCUAGAACACUUAGAGGUUCGUAUUGAAGGUCAGACACUCCUCUGAUUCUCACUUCCCAACUUCGAGACCGUAAAUCAUUUACAAUGACGUUUUUACGGUCUCACAAUUAUUAUAGACACUUCCAUCUUUUUUUCAAAGUGUCUUUUUUCUCUCACGUCAACCUCCUCUUCGUACGUUUCCUCCAGAGUUAAAAAAAAUCAAUUCUCAAAAAUUCUCAUUCUUUAUUCUUGAAUAGUUCUCAAAAAAAAAAAAUCGAUUUUUAUCCGAAUCUCAAUAACACAUAAAAAAUAAUCUUUCUAAGAAAACUAUCCACUUUUUGAGAGAAAAAUAGUCAUUAAUAUUCUCUUAGAAUAGUUGUAUUGAGAAUUGCUUGAAAAAUCAUAUGACAAGCUCUCCUUUCCCUUCCAAAUAGCCUCAUUACCUGUUGCCUAAUGAUGCACACCUGGAUUCGCAUCCUUUUCGCCCUAAUGAGAAUAAUGUUUGAACUGGCUUCAUCAAAAGUUGGUCAUUUUGUGGAGGAUCGUGAAACCUUGGUAACCUACUCUUACGGCGGCUAGGGGAUUGAACUUGGGACCUUUCAGACUAGAAGCGAGAAAAAUCGCACUGCGCUACGCUUUUUGAUCUCAUUUUUCUUGACUUGUAAACAAUAUCUCUUAUAAGGGUUGGAAUUCAGUAAAAAAACUUGUUUUCAAUGAUGAAAUGCUAAAAUUUCAACAUUCUGGGAUAAUUUUUAGUGGCCUCUAUAGGGUUUUUGACGUUUAACUGGAAGGAAUACUGGAUCAAAAACUACUAAAGUGGUCACUAACUAGAGAACCUCUAUAGUGACCACUGUAGAGGUGGGUUUAGUGUCCUCUCCAAGCCUCUAUAGUAGUUGCUAAAAGUUUUCUCAGUCUUUGAUUCCUCUUUCUUUGCCGGAAUCGAACUUCUGACUCUUCUUGCCAGUUCUUACUGCACUGUGACCACUUCCAUUGAUUUAUCAUUUUCCUCCUUUCAAAUCAAAAUUCAAUCACUUUUUUGACUUUUUUUCUCCACAACUUCCUCUAAAAGACUUGAUUUCAUUCCAGCUCUCCUCAAGCCAAAAGCAAACGGUUUUCGGGCCCAAAAAAGCCAUCGUCGGUCAUCGAAUCGGUCGCUUUUUCCAACACAUCUACCUCUGCAACCAGUGUCCCUACGCGUGCUCCUUCUUCUCUCAUCUCCUUCUUCAUUCUCGGUAAGGAAUAUACUAGGGUCAUUUUUAGGUUGCGAAAAAAAAGGAAUCAUUAAAAAAAAACUUUUCAGAAAUCAUCGAGCCAAGGAGUUUGGCGAAAAGUGCACCGAUUGCUCAUUUUCCAGCGAAAUGCCAGGCAAACUGAAGUCCCACUCGAUCCUGCACCAGGCCGUCAAGAAGGUAGAAAAUCAUUGAUUUUCAAAAACGCUUUUACGAUAUCCCUUUGCAGGUGUCAACACGUCGGAACUCUUCCAAGGACUACGGUAGCCAGAAGAGUCGCGUCUCGUCGUCGGACGCCUCCUCGCUCUCUGCGAUCUCUACGCCAUCGCCACCCAACCAGAGUCCGUCGGUCGCAAGGAGAUGGUUCCGUUGCAGGUAUGAAAUUGAGGAAAUAUGAUUAGAGCACAUUGAAGUGUACUAUUGAUUUUGGCAGUCCCAAACGCAGCACCAAAAACAGCACCAGAGUUUUCCAUUCCGAAAAAAGAUGAGAUCAACUCCUUUCAGCUCAAAAAUCAAUAAAAUCGAUAUUUUGAAUUUUCCAGCCGCUGUCCCUUGGAAUCCCACGACUACCAACGGAUUUAUCGACACAAAAAAAUUCAUUCUGGAUCGUCCCGGGUGCUGCCAAUCGACGAGCCAAGGUCAGUUUUGACUUAAGGGGAAAAGUUCAAAAAAUAAAUUUUUUAGGCCCGAGCCGAAAAAGGAAGCUGAACUGCUACCAGAACCGUCUACUGUAGAAGUGGAUACUGUAGAACCAGCUACCGUAGAACCGGCUUCGGUCGAAAACGUCACUGUGGAAGCUGCUACUGUAGAAGAAGCUACUGUAGAAACAGCUACUGUAGAACCAGCUACUGUAGAAGUCGAGGAAGACCCAAGAGGAUUACAACUUUCGGUCUCUGAUGCGAUUCUGAUCGAACAAUAUCGACCACAAUUGGAAAUGGCCGCGUCAGUGGACCCCAAAAUGUCAAUCAGGAAAUUUUUCAACCUGAUCAAUGCCAACGCCCCCUUGGCUCCUCAACAAGUUGAUCCAGCUCCAGCCGCACCAGCUCCAGCUCCAUCUUUCCAAGUUCUUCUGGAAACUGUUGGAGCGGCUACAGUUCCCCCUGCUUCAGCUCAAUCUGCUUCUGCCUCAGGUGCUUCUGCUCCAUUCCAAGUACUUCUGGAAGCCGUUGGAGCGGCUACAGUUCCACCUGGUCCAGCUCCAUCUGCUUCUGCUUCAUGCGCUGCAGCCCCUGUCCAACUUCUUCUGGAAGUCAUCGGAGCGGCUACAGUUCCACCUGCUCCAGCUACAUCUUCUCCAGCUCCAUCUGCUCCAGCUCCAUGCGCUCCAGCCACAUUCAAUUUCCUUCUGGAAGCCAUCGGAGCGGCUACAGUUCCACCUGUUCCAGCUUCAUCUGCUCCAGCUCCCUGCGCUCCAGCCACGAUCAAUUUUCUUCGGGAAGUCGUCGGUGCUGCUACAGUUCCACCUGCUCCAGCUUCAGCCUCAGUUGCUCUAACUCCCAUCCAGUCUCUCUUGCAAGAGACAAGAGCAACUCCAGCUUCAUGUGCUCCUCUUAGAGCAACUCCAGCUUCGUGUGCUCCUCUUAGACAUCCUCUAAGUCGACCUAAUUCACUUCUCCGUGCUAUGCUUGCUUCACCUGUUAAAGAGAAAGCUUCACGGCCACGAGCUAGACGUGCUCCAGCUUCAGCUCCACCUCCGACUCCAGCUCCAGCUCCAGUUUCCACGAAGCCAGCUCAACAAGCAGUCCAAGAAGCUCUUCAAACGCCAAUCUUGACGCCGGAACUGCAUUCCGAAGCAUCGACCUCCAGUACCGAUUCUGGUCCUGGUCAAUGUGCCACGAUUUCUUCUCAAUCUACCCUCGAAAGGUGAGUGGAGAAGAUCAGGAAGAUUACUUCGAAAAUUGUAACUUUAUUUCAAAAAUAUAUUUUCAGGCUCUACCAGUCGAAAUUGGACGAGGCGAAGAAACGAGGCUCAGUUCGGUUCAGCGAGCCGUUGGUGGAAUCCUCUCCGGCGAAGAAACCGGAGGAGGAGCCGAAGAAGACCGGAAGAAGGGCGCGAAAACCCGUGAACGAUGCCGAGAAAGUGGAGAUUCCGGCGAAGGAGAAGAUGAAGACGAGAUCGGCGUCGGGCGUUUCCAAGAGAUCCUAUCCAAAGUCGACGGAGACGCCGGAGUUGCCAGCAAAACGGCCGAAGAUUACAAACGUCACGCCAGCUCCCGCCAGAGCGACGUCAACCCCGAAGACGGCCGUCAAGGCGCCGAAAAUCCAAGAAAUACCCGUCAAAAAGUUCCGAUGCCCCGAGCCGAACUGUCCUCACGAGUAUGAGAAGAAGGCCGAUUAUAAGAAACAUUUGGGGAUGCACAACGCCCAGAUGCCCCUGACCUGCUCCGCCUGCUCUUACAGGUUUGUAUUUUUCCUGGAAAAUGCACUCAUUCUAGACUCUUCCUUGCAUACGGUAAUAUGUUCAUUGAAAAAAGACGGUUUUGUAGGUUUUUCAAUCUUUUGAAAUGUUCUGAAUCCAACUUUCUCAAAGCUAAGUUCUAAAAUAAGAAAUUUUCAGUUGCUUCACAUUGGACGCCUUGCAAGCCCACACAAACCAGCAUCGUGUGGCGGAUAUGAGAAAGGAAAAUGGCGUGAUUCCGUAAGAAAAAAAGCAUUUUUCCUUAAAUGAAUAUACAAUUUUCAGCGUUGAAACGAAGCCGACGACGAGCUCAACUCGCAUCGUCACCAAGCAAAACACCAAGGCCAAGACGUCACUUCCGCCGCCGCCGGCUCCUACUGGAAUCGCGUGCCCUACCGCCGGCUGCAAAUUCGUCGCCGCGACCGGCGACCAAUUCUUGGAGCACAGAAAGACGCAUGUUGUGGUUAGUAUACUGGGAAAUGACUAAAAAAUAAUGACAAAAAUUUAACCUCCUUGACUGGGGUCGAACCUGUGACCCUUUGGACCUUAGACAAGUUCUUUCUUUGCUGCGCUAAAGCUUUAAAAAAGCUAUGAACGUUAAAAUUUUAAGAAAUUUCCCACGUUUUUGAUGUCCUCUUGAUUAGGAUACAACGUUUUGAUCUUUAUCCGUAAUGCUGAGUUUUUUGACUUUCUGCUUUGGAACCGAACUUUCAUCCUCCUAUGCCAUAGACUAGAGUGCUAUCCACUGCGACAGAUUUUUAUUCAGCUUCAAUUUUUGCAGACCAAAUCGGUGCAAAAGUUCAUGCAGCAUUACAAGAUGACGGCCCCGGAAAUCGCCACGAAAUCGGUCGAUAAGUCUUCGGAAUCGACGCCGUCGCCGGCUCUCUCACUUCAUGCCGAUUCCGAUUCGCCGCCGGUUCUCUCGCGGGAAACUGAUUUCGGUCCGGAGGUAAUAGGAGAUGGUUGAAAAUUUGAUGAGAUGGAAGAAUUUUGAAGAUCGCUCCGGAAGUCGGAGUCUCAGGCAAAUCCAGUGCCUUCCACGCGGUCGGAACGACUCCGCCAUCGAGCAUUUUUCCGUCCCCGGUAGCGCCACAGACUGUUUUUCCGCCAAUGAAUCCGUUCGGUAGGUUUUCUCAAGCAUUGUCGUUAAUUAUAGAAGUAUAAGAACCUUAAAAAAACUUAAAAAAUGAAAAAUCCUUUCUCAAAUUUUUCCUCAUUUUUCAGACCAAAUUACUUACAUUCCCACUUUUGCAGCUGCCAAUUUCCCAGCAAUGAUGCCGAACUUGAACGAUCCAUCGGCCUUAACCGUCGCGGUCCCUCAUGCGAACUACAUGCAGAUGUCGAACAUGCAGAUGGAAUACAUCCGCUGGAUGCUCACCAUGCAGCAAAACUUUGCCAACAUGACGGCCAACCAGAACUUCAACAAUGGUGAUUUGCUUUUUUGGUUUGAGAAAGGAUUUGAAAGGGGGCUUGGUUUUGAAAAUUGAAAAGAUUCUAUGAAAACGAGAUGGUUGUUCAGCGAUAGGAGCAUUGAAACACUUUGAAAAUUCUGGCAGUCCCAAAAGCGGCACCAAAAAUUGAUGAUAAUUUUGGCAUACCCAAAAAAUGAUGAAAAUUUGGCAGUCCCAAAAAAUGAUGAAAAUUUGGCAGUCCCAAAAAAAAAACUGAUAAAAAUUUUGGCAGUCCCAAAAGCAGCACCAAAAAAAGUUGAUAAAAUUUUGGCAGUCCCAAAAAAUUUGAUGAAAUAUCUGGCAGUCCCAAAAGCAGCACCAAAAAACUGAUGAAAAUUUUGGCAUACCCAAAACCAGCACCAAAAAUUAAUAAAAAAUUUUGGCAGUCCCAAAAAAAUUGAUGAAAAAUUUGGCAGUCCCAAAAACCAGUACCAAAAAUUAAUAAAAAAUUUUGGCAGCCCCAAAAAGUUUGAUGAAAUUCUGGCAGUCCCAAAAGCAGCACCAAAAAUUUGAUAAAAUUUUGGCAGUCCCAAAAGCAGCACCUCUCCGUCUUUUGGAGCUUCUCUUGAUGGUAUCAAGAAACUUCAAGCUUUUGGAUGAAGAGAGCUUUUUGGUAGCUGUAAUGAUACCUCUCGUUUCUCCGGACUCUCUUCAUACUUCCACCCUCUCAACCUUUUUCUGUAGUCCUUUACUCUUUUUCCGAAAUUUCAAUGAUUAUUUUGCAGGCAAUGCUCUCAGCCUGAUGCCAAUGCCGAUGCCAAUGUUCCCAUUCGGAUUCCCGAUGCUGCCUCCGAGCCAGAACAACCAGCAGAACUGA